AUGUUUUGUUUCAAAGAGACCAGAAUUUCAUCGCAAACCACACUUGAACGGCGUUACAGUCCAGAUGAAUUCAGGGUCAAUGGAGCUCUACAGAAUCUUGAGGAAUUUGCUACCACCUUCAGGUGUGCUCCUGGCACUCGAAUGAAUCCUGUCAACAAAUGUAGAGUGUAUUUUUAA